UCGCGUGAAGAAGACCUACCCCAUCGAGCGAAACCUUGCGCUGUUUUACCAAUCAUGCCUGGUGUCCCAUCGAGUCGGGGCUGCAAAGCCUGCCGCGUCCAGAAGAAGAAAUGCGAUCAGAAACAUCCUGCGUGUUCCAGAUGCAGCAGGCUUGAAAUCCCGUGUGUGGAGCGCGGCCAGCAAAGGUUCAAGUUUGUGGAGCAAGGGCCUCAAGCUCCCAACCAGGUCGCAAGGCGGCUUGCCGCUGGUCGAAAAGUCACGGUCGUUGUACCGGAUCUUUCGAAUCAGACGGAUCACAUUCGGAAUUCUUUUAUAGACGCUUUCCGUGUGAGUAAGCUGGGCUACCAAUUCGAGUUGGUUGGUGGCUCGCUGUUUCCCGAGAUCCCAAAGCGUCUGGGUUCCAAUGAUGCCCUUGAUCAGUCCGCUUCAGCACUGGUUGGCGCCUACAAAUACAUAACGACAGGUGAGGGGGAAAGAGAGGCUCAAGAGAAGUAUGGAAUGGCGUUGAGGACUUUGAGAGUGACUUUGCAGAAUCUCAAACAGGGGGCCACUGCAGAUACUCUCACGACGAUAUGGUUGCUCAUGCUAUGUCAGAACUGGAUAGCGAGGUCGCACGUCAGAUAUGGUACUCACUCGGAAGGAAUGUGCACAUUGUUGAACGCUUUCGCCGAGACCAUAGACUGGCAAAGUUAUGAUAAUUAUGACGCUCAGUUAAUCAUAGCUUCUACCUACAUGGUGUUAAACGAGCAGCUAUCCAACCCACGUGUGGCCGUUGGGCCCUGGUUACGAAAAUUGGCUGGCCCAUAUGGGCCGAAGAACUACAUCCCUUCCGAGAUACAAAUGAUCAAGCUGCGCAAAAUGGAAAGGGCAAACAAAUUACUUCUAGAUCCCCUGCCCGAUCGUACAGGUAUGGAGGAUAUAUACCGCGACGCUCGUUCGGAUAUCACUAUUAUAAAACGAAAUGUCACUGAGGUGUCGGCGGCCAUCACUGACGAAACCCCGCUCGAGUCUCUGCCGCUAAACCACAUCUACACGCUCUACAUCUAUCGUAUACGGUAUUGCAUGGUUCUUCCUUAUGCAAUCCUACUCAACUACUCCCUCGCCGCCUUGGCUCAAAACGAUCCAGAGUACCAGACGCUCCCAGAGGAGCUAGCGUUCUACAUAGACGAGGUAAUUGACACAGCCAGAAGCAUGACGCCUUUCCGACCCCUUGGGACGGAAACAGUGCCGCCCGUGCUGAGCGUCGCCUGGGCGGCAUCAGAAGACGCAGUCAAGCAAGCCCAGAUCGAGGCGUGGAUCGCAGAAUACGACAAAGACUUUGCGGGCGCAAACACCAUGCCCGUUGCGAAAUGGUGCAGGAAGUGGAUCAAAGGGCAGCGGGAGAAGUGGCUAGCGUUCUGUGCUGGCCGCCCGCUGGAGGAUGACCAGACUGACGAGGUCACUGAUGCCGAGUUGGAAGCUACACUUGGGCCAGGACGGAAAUGCUGCAUCUUGUGAGAGCUGUGGGUUGUGGAGUUAGAUCGCUGCUUGAAGCGACGGAGAUUCGAUUGUUGCUCCAUAGCUUUCGUACUUUGAUUCCCCCCCGAGUUGGGAUAGUCCUUUGAACUUGCCCACUGCUGUCUGCACUUUAUUUACCUAAUGCGUUAAGAGCUAUUGUACCGCAUCUACCUUCCCCAAACACUCUCAAGAGUAUAUAUACGAGGUGGCAGCAAUGCAUACCAAGGUACUUAAAGAAUGUUUUUGCCCAGAUGUUUCGUGAAGCUUUUGUUCUGACGCUUUUCUCCAUCGCGACACUUAUUCCACCAUCUCUAUCUCCCUCUCGCCAAAAUCCGGAUUUAUGUCAUGCUAGAAAGCUUCCCAAACCAUCGAUAGAUAUCUCAACGCCUUGGAACAGGCAAACUCAACAAUGCGCC